CCUAGCACCUUCCAUUUGUUGUUGGAGUGCUUUACUAUUGAGCUACUCGCCCCCUUGUGGCCAAUCCAUCUUUGGUUUGGGUGGCUUAUGUUCAACAACCCACCUUAACCCACUUAGUAGAUGCUUGGGGCUCCUCACUUGGCCUAGCUCUAAUACCAUGUUGUGAUUUUGGGCUAGCUAGGACUUGAACCUUGGACCUUCCAUGCUGGAGUGCGCUACCAUUGAGCUACUCACCCCUUUGUGGCUACUCCAUCUUUGGCUUGAGUGUGGCUUAUUUCCAACAAUACAUCUAGGGGCACAUUCUUAAGCAUGCUUAAACCAUGAUCAAACUUGCAUGCAUUUGUCACAUCAAUCCCACAUUUCCAAAAAUAUUCUUAUCAAAUCCACGUAUCCAUUCAUCUCUCCAAGAAAUUCCUCACCUUCACAUAUCUUCAAUUUUUUAUUUUUUUUUAAACUUCCAAUAUAUCUUCAAUUUUUUUUUUGAACUUCCAAUAGAUACCAUUUUAUUCUUCAUCCUUUAUCACUUUUGAAGAUAGUGUUUCCAAGUCAAAUAUCUUCAAUCCUUUCCCUCUUCAAGUGCACUGAUCACAAGGUGCCACUUAGAGCAAUCUCAACCCUUAAUCAAUCAUCCUCACAAUCUAUAAAUAGUCCCUCUCCCAAGUCUAUAAAUGCAAAGUCAUGUUGUUGGUUUAAAAUCUUUGAAGCACAAGUCCAGUAGAGCACAACAAUGGACAUUCUUAUGUGUGCAACAAAGAGUUGUGGAUGAGACAAUACAUGUUUUCUUUCAUCUUUUGUUUCAAUUCCUUUGUUUCAUUAGAGGUGUACAUCAAGUGUAGAUUAGAGUUUAAGUUUGUUGUUUGAAUCUUCAUUUUGUCUUUUACAUCUUCUUUUCCACAACUAAUUUAGAUUUUAAAGCAAGCUAAACGAUGAAAGGAAAUUACUUUUGAUAGAAAAAAAGUGAUAAUAUACAUUGCUAGUUACAAAAGUGGAUUAUUUGGAUGCUAAACAAGGACUUUAUAUGCUAAUAUCAUAGAGAGCAUGUUAUGAUAAGAAAUAGGUACUCUUGACACCUUUACUAAUGUGGUAGUUUGUUGAGUUGCAAUCAUAUCUUUUGAUUCUACGAGAUUUGACUUUAAGAAAAGUUAUGUCUUGGACAAUAGAGUAUCGAGAAGUUUCUAAACUCAAAAGAAGUAUAUAUGUAACUAAAAUUCCUAAGAUAGAGGGAAAAGUUGAUACUACUUGAGAAUCUACCUUAGCAUGAUUGGUAUAUAUUUCAACCUGACAUGUAGCUUAGAAAUUUUGUGUGUAUUUAUCCUAUUAUACUUUGUGCUCGAAACAUACAUGUCAAGAGUUUCUAAUAAAUUAUAAAAACUUUAAUAGUGCAUGAGGAGUGUUUUAUUUGUAGAAAGGAAAUAGGAAGAUAUAGAUUUCAUAGUAUGGCAAGGGGUCGAAUAUUAGACUACACAUAAGAGCUAAAAGGAGGCGUUUGGAAGUCACAAGAAAGUUGGAUCUUGGAGCGAUGAAGCGGACAUUGCCUUCCCCAUCGAGAUAGGUAGAUUGCAUGCUGUUCAGAAACCGGUUAAUGUUGGGAAAGCAUAUAUGUUCCAGGGCAACAGAUAUUCCAGACUGCGGUUAAACUAUGGAAACCCUUAUUCAAGUGGUAACCAGUGCCCUAUUGACCCGCAUAAGUGGAAGGAGAAUGGUUUCAUUUGGAAUAACAUAGGCUGGUUUCGCAAGGCUAAACAUCCCACAUCCGAGGCCCCUCGAAACUGGUAUCCACUGCCUGAACCUAGCAUUUCUGGUGCGACACUCGAGAGAGGCGAUGCUCACACUGACUCUUUUUUGGCUCCCUCGAUUGAUCAUGGUAAUUUUCAAAAGCGGAAUGGGCGCUUCAGGCAAGAUAAUUCAAGGGCGGAUCAAGCUAGGUUUUGGAGAUCCAACUUCCAUCCUAAAAAUCUGAACCCUUGGUCGAACCAAGAAAGACGCCUUGACUUUCGAAGAGUAGCCUCCCUCCCCUAGCGACCCCAUUUUCAUAAACCGGUAAGAAAAACCUCAAGACCCACCAUCUUUUUGGAUGAGAAUACAAUUAAUUCUGCUAGGUCAAAUUUGCUUGAGUCUUGCCUUUUCAUCAAGUGGGGUGGUGGAAAGCGGGUUAAGGACAACUUUGAAUCCUGGUGUAGAGCGCAUUGGGGAAAGGAUAUUAACAUUAAUAUUCUCCUGAAUGAUUUCUAUAUGAUUGAAUUUAUGAGCAAUGAGGAGAAAUGGAAAGCUAAAAAUAAAGGUCCAUAUAUCUUUAGAUGGCAUUGAAGUUCACAUCAUUGAUUGGCAGCCCAAUUUCAACUCCCGAAUGCAUGUAUUGCCGAACAACAAGGUAUGGAUAAGACUGUAUAAUUGCCCCUCGGAUUAUUGGCACAUUGAUGUCAUUAAGGAUAUAUGCAAAGACCUUGGCACCUUUGUAUCGACAAAUGACAUCUUGGAGGAUAAACUAUGGGGAAGCUUCCUCAGAAUUUGUAUUAGCACAGAUCAAAUCUCCAAGAUCCCCGAUGAAGUUAGAAUUAUUGGUGCAGGGAAGUUCUGGAUCCAAAAGAUUGAUAGAGAAGAUCAACUGCGUAUUGGUCCUAAAUGCUUUUCUUUGGAUCAUACCGGUAUUAGUUGUGAUGUUUUGGUUACGAUACAACGAAGUUAUUCCUGUAUGCAAUCUCCUAUUGAGGUUAAACUGCAACCAGAACCUCUUAUUGCCUUUGACACCGGGGAAGCUUUUUGCAACGAUACUCUUGAUAAGGAGAAUGUUCCACUAACAGGGGCAACCCCUUUGAUCAUAGUUCCUCCUUCCUUUGGUCAAAGCGUGAGCCAACAAGACCUUCUCACACUUCUAGAGAAGACCAAAACCCUACAGGCAAACAUUGAAUCCAAGUUAGUGGAUUCACUUCCACCCUCCCCUUUUGUGCCUAGGAAGCAACUGGUAAUUGAAGAUGACAAUUUUCACUCUCAGGGUAUGGAGAUUGGCACUAUGGGGGAGAUGGGAGGGCAGAUCUGCUCCACGAUAGGCAUUGAACUGGAAGAUGGUGAAAUUGAAACCUCCUCCUCGGAGGGGGAGGAAGACUUUGAACCUGACUCAGAUCUUAUAUUGGAGGGUACUUCAAAAGGGUUUGGAAAGUCGGAUUCAACUAUUGACAAACCAAAUUUUAAGCCAAAAGGUGUGUGGGGGCGCAAAUCCAAAAAAGUUAUGCUAGCAGUGGCUGGUGCUGCCAGUGGUCAAACCAAACUUAAUUUAGGGAAGGGAAGUGCCCUUCCCCAGGAGCAAUGAAACUCCUAUCCUGGAAUGUCAGGGGCAUCAAUGCCCCUGAGAAAUGGCGCUUGAUUAAGCGCCAGAUUGAUGACACCAAAGGAGAUAUUUGGCUACUACAGGAAACUUAAUGGAGCAAGGCUGAGAUUGAUGCUAAAAUGAGAGUUUGGAAACAAUGGAAUGGGAUUUUUAGGCAAUCGGAUGGAGCCUCUGGUGGCUUGGGAAUCAUUUGGAACCCCAUGAAUGUUAAGAUCUCACUUGUUGGGAUAGAUAAGCAUUGGCAACAUUGCUCGGUUACUAUUCUUGGACGGAAUGAGAAUUUCAAUCUUUUCAAUGUGUAUGGACCAUCUACUGUUGGUGAUAAAUGGGCUCUCUGGGAUCUCUUAUCCAUCAAACUAAAUAGUAUUAUCGAUGGUAGUUGUGUGGUAGUCGGGGACUUCAAUGCGAUCCUUUCUGGCACUGAGAAAAGUGGGGGUAUUCAGAGGACUGGUACGUCCCAGAAGGACUUUUUGAAUUUUGUCGAGAAAAAUCACCUUUUAGACAUUGUUCCGAAAAAUGGAAUUUUCAAACGGACGAACUGGAGAGUGGGUUUUACUAAUAUUGCUGAACAACUUGACCGGUUCCUUGUUAUUGGUGAGUGGUUAGGGCAAAAUAUAGCCUUAGAAUCGUCGAUUCUCCCGCUUAUCGGAUCAGAUAACUACUCAAUCUGUUUGGAGGUCGCCUUGGGUCAAGGGGGGGUGGGUGGUACCUCGUUCCAGUUUGAGAAAAUGUGGUUCAAAGUGCCUGAAUUAUAUGAUCUUAUAGAUGCUUGGUGGAAUAAACCGGUUUUUGGGAAUCAUUUGAGACUACUCAUUCUCAAUAAAAAGCUCAAGUAUAUUAAGGUCAAGAUCAAAGAAUGGAAUAAGAGCCAUUUCAAGAAUAUUCAUAUGGAGAAAUUAAGAAUUAAGGCUGAACUGGCAGACUUAACCAACUUUGUUAUUACUUCAGGAAUGAUUGAGGAUCUAUUUAUGAAAGAAAAUUCUCUCAAUUCUAAGCUAAAUGAAAUCCUUCGGUGUGAGGAAAUCCACUGGCGUAAAAAAUAAGGGAGUUAUGGCUAAAGGAAGGUGAUAAAACACCAAAUUCUUCCACCGGUCGACCAUUGCCAUUCGAAAUAGAAACAAAAUAUCGAAGAUUAUGAGACCGGAUGGAGUCACUGUCAGGAAUUAUGAGGACAUUGCGCAGGAAGCUGUAAGAUUCUUUGACUCUUUGUUGAAUGGUGACCAUCAGAUUGACCAUGAAGCAAGAGCCAAAAUUCUGAACUCAAUCCCAUCCGUUAUAUCUGUCAAUCAAAAUAUAGCUUUCUCUGUACUCCUAUUUCAAUUGAUGAAGUAAGGAAUACUACCUUCCAGCUGAAACCGGAUAAGACUCCUGGCCCGGAUGGCUUCCCUACUGCUUUCUUCCAUCAUUUCUAGGAUAUCAUUGCUCGAGAUCUACAUCUUGCAGUAGAAGAAUCAAGAAAGAAGAUGACUAUGUUGGGGCUAUCAAUCACACCUUUUUGACUCUAAUCCCGAAGAAGCAAAAUCCACAACAGACGAGUGACUUUAGGCCCAUUGCUCUAUGCAACAUUGUAUAUAAGGUUGUAACAAAGAUCAUAGCUAACAGAUUGAAGCCCCUCCUUAAACACAUCAUAUCAGAUGAACAAAGCGGUUUUGCCCCUGGAAGAUCCAUUGUGGAAGGCAUUAUCGUUGCUCAUGAAACGCUUCACACAGCCAGGAAGACCAAGGACUCUUGUAUGCUUUUAAAAUUGGACAUCCUGAAAGCUUAUGACAUGGUGGACAGGGAUUUCCUAUUUGAUGUUCUUAAUAAAUUUGGCUUCUGCAAGGAAUGGCUCUCUUGAGUCACGAGUUGUCUCUCUUCCCCCAAAUUCUCUAUUCUGGUCAAUGGCUCAUCCCAUGGUUUCUUCUCUUCGACAAGAGGAAUCAGACAAGGUGAUCCAUUAUCACCAUUUUUAUUUAUCAUAAUUGCUGAAGUUUUAGGUCGAUCUAUAAGAGCUCUUCAACAAGAUGAUCAUUGGGUUGGAGUUAAUGUGGCAACAGGGGUUGAAAAAAUGACUCAUCUUCAGUUUGCUGAUGACACCAUUCUGUUUGGUUUGGCCUGCAGGAGGGAAGCUAGAACAAUUAAAACAUGCCUUGAUGAUUACUGUAUGGCUUCCCGACAGAAAAUCAUCUGGCACAAAUUUGAAGUGUUUUUUGUCAACACUUCACUUAACUUGCAAGCUGUAUUGUCAAGGAUUCUUAAUCUCAGAGUCAUAAACUUCCUAGGGAAGUUUCUUGGAACCCCCCUCUUUAUUGGUAGUAAUAGAACUCAUUACUGGAAGCAUCUUAUUGAUAAGUGCAAAUCCAAGCUUGCAACUUGGAAAGGCAAGUGGUUAUCCUCUGUUGGGAAGCUCACUAUGAUAAAGUCAGUUCUUUCAGCGCUACUGGUUUUUUCCAUGGCUUGUCUAAGAUCACCGAUGGCAAUUGAAGAUGAAUUGAUUUCUCUAAUGAGAAAUUUCGUUUGGAAUGGUUCAGAUGACAAAGGUAAAUUUCCUUUGACAGCUUGGAAAAAGAUCUACCAACCAAAAAAGGCAAGAGGUGUUGGCAUUCACCAAAUCUCAAUUAUGAAUUUAGCAAUGGGUGCUAAACUGGUUUGGGAAAUUUGUAGCAGUGGGAAGCAAAAAUGGGCAAGGCUCCUAAAACAUAAAUAUCUGGACUCCCUAGAGCCUAAAAGGAUUCUGACUAUCAACAAUCCUCCCAGAGGCUCGGCUAUCUAGAAUUUUAUUGUGGACAACAGGGAAAUCAUAAGCGAUCAGGUUACCUGGGAUGUCAAGAAUGGCAGGGAUGCCUCCUUUUGGUUUGAUUCUUGGUCUGGUGAAGAUGCCCUAUGUCACAACCCCUCUCCACAACCUAUUAUGGCAGAAACCUGUCACCUUUGGGGGCACAAUAUCUAUGAUUAUGGUUAUCCAAUCCGAGAAAAUGGUAUUGCUAAAUGGAAAUGGAACUCUUUGGAUCAGCUUCUGAAGGACUUGUUUACAAACAUUCUCAACAAAAGGAUUAUUUUCCCUUCCCCUGAUAAGGACAUUAUUAGGUGUUACGGCUCCUCCGAUUGUAAAUACAAAGUAUGUUUUGGUUACAAGCUAAAAGAAGCGGCUAUAGAUAAAAAAGACUAGCCUGUUAAUCUUUUUUGGCAUCAACACCUUCCCAAAGCGGGCUCCUUUGCCUGGUUGGCUUGUCAGAGAAAAAUCUUAACUCAAGGAAGACUCCAUUCAAUGGGUAUCAAUGGACCCAACAUAUGUACUUUAUGUCUAGAAGAGGAAGAGACUGCGGAUCAUCUUCUUCUCCAUUGCAAAUUCUCCAGUCACUGUUGGUGGCAUUUCAUGGGAAAACUGAGAAUCUUUGGCCCCUUCCGCUAGAUAAGUGGUUUUUGUAAUGGCCUAAACCGACAUGUAAGAUUGUUUAUGCUGAUUUGCUUUUUAUCCUCCCAUCACUUCUGAUUUGGGAAAUUUGGAAAGAAAGGGACCACAGAAUCUUCCAGGGUAAAGAAAUGAGCCUAUUGUCUCUUUGUGGGAAAAUUGAGAACCACCUGACUAAGCUCCUGAAUGAGGCUGCCCAAUCCAAAACAUUAAAAAAAAAUUUGUUCACUGACUGGGGUUGUAAUAUUAAGCUGGUUCUUCCAAACCUACUCAUCCCACCAAUCUUCGGACUGGGCAACCCGAUGGAUCAGACCAAUCCAAGAGUGGGGGCAAAAUGAGAUGCGCCAGAGGAUGGGUGGAGCAAGGUAAACUUUGAUGGUGCUUCUGCAAGAAAUCCAAGUCAAAAUGGUAUUGGUUGUAUUAUGAGGGACUCUGAUGGUCUCUGUAUAAAAGAAAUCUCUGAAAAUAUUGGAGUGGCUACUAAUAAUGAAGUGGAAUUCAGAGUGGCCUUAAGAGUUCUUCAGUUAGGGAAGGAGCUAGGGGUGCAGAGAAUUCAUUUGGAGGGAGACUCAUUAAAUGUUAUUAAUGCGAUCCGCUGUAAUAACAUCCCUAGUUGGCGCCUUAACCAGUGGCUUCAACCGAUCCUGGCGCUGCUAGCUACCUUUGAUAAUUUCGGGUUAGCCACAUCUACAGGGAAGGUAAUGGUGAAGCUGAUAGACUUUCUAAAUUGGCUAUAGCCGUUAGUGACCCCACCUGAAUAUCCACUGAUGAUUAUUUUUUGUUGCGCUGGUUGGUGAUGUGGCAUUGGUUCCACUGGUUGACAUGCUAUCCUCACUUUCCAUUGAGGGGGAUGCUCUCCGGUUGGGUCUACUGAUGGUUGCGCGCUCUUCGGUUCUUUUCGCAACUUUCGAUUGUGGAGCAAAUCGGUGCUUUGCUCCCCGGUAGCCGCUUUACCCCCUCUCCACUUUAUGGUUAUGGUUUUCGGUGGAGAGAACGACCGUCUACCCUGUUAACCUGUUGAGGUUUCUUCUUAUCAACGAGAUGUGAUGCAUUGCCGACAUCAUUGAUUAGUGUCGGUUUUUGGCCUCGUGGCAAUUAAAUAUAAGUGUACUUUAUUAAUAUCUAGUUACAACUAGAUCCUCACAAGAUUUGUUAAUGAUUACUUGAUGCUUAAAGUCGGUCGACACCAAGUUGAGGAGCUUUGGCACAGAUGGUUUUUUGGAUACUGGCAGCUCACGCGUGUGGGUAUUUAAUGGGUGUGAAUUGUUUGCAGGGUGUCGUAUUCUUUGGUUUGAUGCCUUGCUAUUUAACAAUGGAAUACCCUUUCUUUCCAUCAAACAAUUGCUUUCCUUUCUCGACGACUCGCUAUGGAGACCCCAAUCCUCCUUGAAGCUACAUGGCUUUCCUGGGCGAAAUCAUGGACAAACGUCUGCAAGAGGUCCUCUUCUCUUGGCAUCCUCUUAUUCUCCACAACCUUAAGAGGAUUCUGGGAAAGGAAUUCCUUAUGGCUUACCACAGGUACAGAGCCAAUGUCGAUAUCCCAGCUUUUCUUGCAAUGAUAAUUUACAUGGGGACUAGUAAGCAGAAAGCAAAACUGUUAACUCAAAUGAUGUUAAAGCAUCGCCUGUUGGGGGAAAUAGAUGUUGUAUUGGACAAUAUUGAUGCCAAUCUUAGAAUUCCGCUCCCCCAAAAUUACUAUAUGUUACUAAGCAACGGAGUGGAGGUGAAGAAGCUUGGGAUUGUUAAUUCCCUGGAUUUUGAGUCUCUCCAAGCAACCUGGCCUGUCAUCUCCAGGAACAUUGAUUUCUUGCUUAAAGCGGCUAUCAUACAAAGUAGUUUCACGUCGGAAUGGAGGGCACAAUUUCUCUGUGAUGAAGAUCUAGCGGGUACUGAUGACUUUGGGAUUUUGGAUAAUGGAGAAUAGGUGGAUGGAAAUGAUUGGGGUUUUGGGUUGGGCAAAGAGUGGUUCCCAAAUGACUAUCGACUCCCUAAGGAGAAGGUGGAAUCGGCAGCUCAUUUGAAUUGUGGCACUGAAUGUCCCAUUGUCCUAGAUGCGGCUAAUGCACUUGUGGAUGAAGCUUCUGAAGACUCUCUUUGACUUCGGUUGUCAUUAGGCCCUCCGGUCUCUGUGUUUUUUGAGAUUGUCUGUUUUUGUCUUAAAACCUCUGCAUCUUUAAGAGGUUGGUAUAUGUUUGUACUCAUCUAGCCUUCAGGGCUGGUCUUUCUUGUCUAGGGACUAGAGCUAAGGUAGGGGGUUUUCUUCCCAAUUCUUUCCCCCUACCGUUCUUAUUGAAUCAAGCCUUGUAUUCUCUUUUUUGUUUAAUACAAGGGUGCUGCCCCUUUGCAGCUAUUUACUUAUUAAAAAAAAAAAAGAUGAUUAUUAGUAAUUUAAAAAUACAGAACAAAUAAGUAAGUGGUAAUUAUUGAAGUAAGUGCUUAGUUAAUUUAGCAAUAUGAUCUAAUAGACGCCCUUUUAGAUAGGGAAAAAAUACUCUUUUCUAAGCAAGAAGGCAUUUUGAAAAAAGAAGAAAUUUUUUGGCAAUAAAAGGUUAGAGAUAGAUGGGUGAAACAAGAGGAUAAUAAUUAUUUUCAUCUCAUAUCUCAAGUUGAUUUGCAAGUUGAAGUAGUAACAAGGUGUUGUAAAAAUUUAGAGGGGUUAUUUCACAAUAGUGUGGCCUAUUUUUUGCCGAAGUAGAACAUUGAGACCAACAUUUUAAACCAAAAUUUCACCUUUGUCAUUUAUAGCAAUUAAACCAUUAAGAAAUUGAAGAUGAUGUGAACUAGUGAUUUUUGAGAUUUCAUGCAUAGAUUAUAAAUGUAUUUAAAAAUAAAUAAAAAAAUAAUUUGUGAAACUUUAAUAUAAGUUUUAAUAACUUACUUUUUGUAGUUAACAUUAUUUUAAAAAAAUUACAUUUAUUCCAUAAUGCAUAAUCUUUUCUAACAAGAAAAGAUAAAAUUAUGAAUUCUUAAAUGUAAAUUGGUAGCACCAAUAUUUAGUACACUAACUUGUUUUUGUAAUUUGUUAUGCAUAUUUUAUCUUUUAUUAGUUUUUCAGUGAAAAAUAAUAUAAUUUAGAUAUAGGCAUCCAUAAUGCAUAACUUUUUUUGUAUACUUCCAAAUUAAUAUUUUUUCAUUGUUGAAACAAGGUCAUCAAUACUUAGUGCAUAAAUAUUUUUUUGAAUUUUAUUAAUCAAAUUAAAUAUAUUUAUAAUUUUACAUUUUGGAAAGUUUACUCCAAGGGCUACGAUCGAACAAAUUAUCUUAUCAUGUUAAUUUCCUUUGUUGGUCCAAGCCAAGGCUUGAAAUAGAAAAAUAUGACUAAGGUGAAGAGGUCUAUCCAAGGAUCUUUGAAGGUACCUUCUCCGUGACCCCAAAAAAUGUUAAAAAUUUGAAUAACAUUCGUUCAAGAUGGUACACCUUCAUUUGAAGGUAAUUAUGCAAUUAAUUUUUUCUCCACAAUCAUAUAAAUUUUCAAUGUCCCACAAGUGAGAUACACUAUUUUAGGAAUACCGAGAGAGAAGCUAUAUUUGUGUAACUAUUUUAAAUGAUUUCUUUAGGUGUGGAAUUUAAUUUUCACAAGGAUUUUUCCAUGUAUAUCUUGUAUUAUGAGUUGCAUCUCUUUUGUAAUCAUUUCUAAUUUCAUCUAAGGAAUUUAUCAUGAUUAAUAAACUUGAAUGCUUUACAUCUCCAACAUAAUUUCAUUGUUUAGUUAUUGUCUUAUUUCUACAUGCUUUCCUUCAAAGUUGAAGGCACGUCCUCAUUUAAUAGGAUUAUAAUUUAGAGUUAUUCUUUUUUCCCAUAGACUAUCAAAGAUAAUUAAUUAUUAUCAAACAAGUUUUCAAAUAUUCUUGCAACCCAUGCUAGUCAACAAGAGUAAUGGAGUGCAUGAUUGAAUAAUUAUAUGACAUGAUACUAGAUGCAUAUUAGAAAUCCUUUGUAAAUUUCAAAUUAUCCUACAAUCUAAAUGAAUAAGGUUUAAAACAAAGGGAAAUUAUUCUAAAAUCAGCCUAAAUAACUGAAUUCAAUAGUUUAAUAGAGCAUUUUUUAGCAUUAAAAUGUCUCCAAUGAAAGGUCAAUUUUACUAAAUUUGUGUCUUUAUUUCAUAUUUGUACACGUAAUUAUUGUCAAAGAAAUAUGGACUAUUCUUGUGUCACAAUCUACCCUUAUUUCAUUGUAUACAAAUUGCACAACCAUCAAAUACAUAUAAAAAAUUCAUAUACAACCUUUCAAUUAUAUGGUAUACUAUAAAGAUCAAUUGACAUAAAAUUACUUUAAUGAUCUAGAUCCCUUGAAAUUUUAUUAUUGUUAACUACAAUUAAGGCAUCAUUUUUGGUGCCCAGCCAUGCAUAGUAUAUAUCGAAAUGAUGUUCAGAAUUACAAUAUAUGUUGCCUAAAAUUGAACAACUUUGAAUGUCAAAAUAUAUGCAUUCCUUCUAGUAAUAUCUCAAAAUUUAUUUAUCUUCAAAUAAAACCUUAUCAAUAAAUGUUAUACAUGAAGGUAAGAAUUUUACUACAUAAGAUGUCACAGCCAUAAAAUAUAAUAAUGUAAUAACGUUUAAAAAUUAUUUAAUAACAUACAAAAGGCUUUUAUUCUUUCGAAAGAAGUGUUUUUUAAAAAUGGUUUUGGAUUUGUAAGGACUCUUUUACUCUAUGUCAAACUACUAUUCCUUUAUAUUUUCUCUUUCAAUUUUAUUUUCCUAUAACACGUAAAGUUAUUGUCAUCUAUCUAAAAUAAUUCUUUAUUAAGCCUCUAUCCAUCUUCCUAUAUUUGAACAAUUGAUAAAAUCUAAUAUCUAAAAUUUACUAAAUAAAUUAUAUUCAUAUUAGUUUCAAUUUUUUUUUCUAACUAAACUAAUUUGAAUGAUUUUGACUAAACUAAUUUGGACAAUGAAUUCUUUCAUGGUUUUAUG